UGCGGUGGUUCUGCGGACAGCGGGUUCUGUGCGCCUAGCCGCUGGCCUCAGGCGUGUUGAGGAUCGUGCGAGCGCCGCACCUGCGGGCCCGGUCUUCGGGCUGUCGCAGCGCGGGGACCGCCCUACUGGAAGCUGCCGCUGACAUGAGUGCAGUGUCAGAGCCCCAGGCUGCUCCUGCUCCCCUGGAGAAGCCAGCCAGCACCGCGAUCCUGUGCAAUACCUGUGGGAAUGUGUGCAAGGGGGAGGUGCUGCGUGUGCAGAACAAGUAUUUCCACAUCAGAUGCUUUGUGUGUAAAGCGUGUGGCUGUGACCUGGCCGAGGGUGGCUUCUUCGUGCGACAGGGUGAGCACAUCUGCACACGUGACUACCAGCGGCUCUAUGGCACUCGCUGCUUCAGCUGUGACAACUUCAUUGAAGGCGAAGUUGUGUCAGCACUUGGCAAGACGUAUCACCCCGACUGCUUUGUAUGUGCUGUCUGCAGGCUGCCCUUUCCUCCUGGGGACCGCGUGACCUUCAACGGGAAGGAGUGCAUGUGCCAGAAGUGUUCCCCGCCCACGUCACUGGGCAGCAGUGCUCACCUGGCCCAGGGCCUCCGGAAUUGUGGGGGCUGUGGCUUAGAAAUCAAGAAUGGCCAGGCCCUGGUGGCUUUGGACAAACACUGGCACCUGGGCUGCUUCAAGUGCAAGACCUGCGGGAAACUUCUCAAUGCAGAGUACAUCAGCAAGGACGGGCUGCCCUACUGUGAGGCUGAUUAUCACACCAAGUUCGGCAUUCGCUGCGAUGGCUGUGAGAGGUACAUCACAGGCCGCGUGUUGGAGGCCGGGGAGAAGCACUAUCACCCUUCGUGCGCGCUAUGCGUCAGGUGCGGCCAGAUGUUCUCAGAAGGCGAGGAGAUGUACCUGCAAGGCUCUUCCAUCUGGCAUCCUGCAUGUCGACAAGCAGCCAGGACUGAAGACAAGAGCAAGGAAACCAGGACUUCCUCGGAGAGCAUUGUCUCUGUGCCGGCCUCCAGCACGUCCGGGUCCCCAAGCCGUGUGAUCUACGCAAAGCUUGGCGAUGAGAUCCUGGACUACAGGGACUUGGCUGCUCUUCCCAAAAACAAAGCAAUCUAUAACAUUGACCGCCCCGACAUGAUCUCCUAUUCGCCCUACAUCAGCCACUCAGCCAUGGGGGACAGGCAGAGCUACGGCGAGGGGGAUCAGGAUGAUCGGUCCUACAAGCAGUGCCGAACCUCCAGUCCUAGCUCUGCUGGCUCCGUCAGCCUUGGGCACUACACCCCAACCUCACGGUCACCCCAGCACUACAGUCGUCCAGCUGGUACUGUGAGUGUUGGUACCAGUAGCUGUCUGUCCCUGUCCCAACACCCAAGCCCUACAUCCGUGUUCAGACAUCAUUACAUCCCCUACUUCCGAGGCAGCGAAAGUGGCCGCAGCACCCCGAGUCUCUCGGUGCACUCCGACAGCAGGCCUCCUUCCUCUACCUAUCAGCAGGCGCCACGACACUUCCACGUCCCAGACACUGGCGUAAAAGAUAACAUCUAUAGGAAACCCCCUAUCUACAAGCAGCACGCUGCCAGGCGAUUGGAUGUGGAGGACAGUAGUUUCGAUCAGGAUAGCAGGAAGAAGACCACCUGGCUGCUCCUCAAGGGGGAUGCAGACACCAGAACUAACUCUCCGGACCUGGACAGUCAGUCUCUGUCCCUUGGCAGUGGAGCUGAGCGAGAACCUCUUCCGAGGAUGCCAGGGGACAGCUUCUACUCACGCUUCCCUUAUUCCAAACCUGACACUCUCCCAGGAACCAGGAAGGAUGGCCUGGACCUCCGGAAUGCCAACCAGGCCCCCUGUGGAGCAGACCUGGAUGCCAGCUGGGGCACGCGAGAGUACAAGAUAUAUCCCUAUGACUCCCUCAUCGUAACAAACCGAAUCCGUGUGAAACUACCCAAAGAUGUGGACCGGACGCGGCUGGAGAGACACCUGUCACCUGAGGAGUUCCAAGAAGUGUUUGGGAUGAGCAUUGAGGAGUUUGACCGCCUGGCCCUGUGGAAGAGGAAUGACCUCAAGAAGAAAGCCUUGCUGUUCUGACAGCCGCCAACAUCUUACCAGGAGCCUGUUGUGGGGCAAAGCUGCAGGGCCCCACUGGCUCCCCCAAAUCCUCUCCUGUACCUUGCUCUGCUUCUCUGCGCCAGUGGGGCAGGGGGGAGGGUGCCUGCAGGAGGCAGGGUGGGGCCAGGCCCUGAGGAGCAUCCAGCAGGCAUGGUCCCUUGUGUAGCAAGGAUGCUCCCGCCCGUAGUUUAGGGCCAGGUGCCAGCUUGACCCUCUCCUUCGCGCCACAACUUGGCAUCAGGGCAGUGCUGCGGCCAGCUAUCAUAGGAGAUGGGGCAGAGCAUUCGGCAAGCCCAGCACCUUUCCAGCACCUUCCCAGCACCUGGUGUGCCCACAGCUGUGCUAGGAUUUGGGGCACAGAGCUGGGAGGAGGGUGAGAGGCUUGACACAGCAGGAAUGGUAAGUGUGAGGCUCCUCAGAACAUGAACAGUAUGCAGGCAGGCUGGCAUGCUGAGGCAGGGGAGCCAGGGCGAUGUCUGAGAGGCAGUGGGACUGUGUUUCUUGCAGUUAUUGUGACAGAUCUUUUCUGGGGAAUGAAUGUCGGCCUGACAGGGUGCCCCCGAACAGUGCUCUGUGUACUGUGCCCUUCUUCCAAAUCACCCCCUUAGUUGCCUAAAUGAUAUCUUUCAACUUACACAGAAGUUUUUAUUUUAUUAAAAAGUAUCGCUUCCUUACACAUAAGAAGACAUAUAUGCAGAGUUUAGUUUCACGGUCCCUCAGAAGGGGAGCGCCUCCGCCUUACACCCUCACCAUGCAGGCCUCUGUGCUUCCAGUCCUUGGCGUUCCUCAGAGACAGGAGCCCAUCUGUUUCCCUUUGUCCCUGCUCCUCUGUAUGUGUCACACAGACAGCCCCAAAGACAGACUCGCUCAGUAGUGCGGUUUGUAAAUACAUGUGAAAUGUAUCUGUCUCCUUUUAACUCACGGUCAUUUUCCCAAGUCUCAAAAAGAAGUGCACCCCUGGUGGCCAAAGUCCUGGAAUAAAGGUUUCCUCAUCGUG